AUGGUGUUUUCUCUAAUCUGCAUACCCACAAUUUCAGGAGAAAUCAAAAAAUGUGGGAUGAAAUGUUAUAGCACACCGGAAUGCAACACAACAUGCAUACAUGAAGGAUACGAAAAAGGGAUAUGUCUGCAAAACGAUUACGGUAGUCUUGAUUGUUGCUGCCAAGGUAAUCUUAGAUCUAAUCAUGUUGAUUCUCCAAUUUGA